CCGCAGCAAGAUCUGCUUUUUUACGGUUCUGAAUGUCUUGCCCCUCCAUUCAACAAGAAAAUUUUACUGUCAUCAGAUAUAUCAAAGUCCGUCUGACUGUACAAUCACUUAGGAUAAAAUCAACCCUUUCUGUCAGCUGCUGACUCCAAAGUGUGCUUAAGUUUGAUCAGUUUUCAACGGGCCCCUCUCCACACUAAAACAAUGGCUGAAGCGAUUGGAGACAUAAUAGAGCAACAACAAUAUAUAGCCUUCAAAAUAUUUAAUGCAGUUAACUAUGAAAGAACCAUGAUGUUCAAAGGCGCACUGCUCCGAGUAUCAAAACCCGGGACCGCAAAAAACCCCCAGCUACCGGACAAGAGAGAUAUCAAGACGGAGGAGCCAUUCCAAAUUCCUAAGAACCAUGAGGUGGAAGUGAUAGACGGCUGGGUGACGCUGACCAGGUCCUCCGCAUCCUGAAUAUCUCAAUGAUUCGAUCUGCCUGUCUUCGACCAGCUCAAAGUGUGAUGGAAAUAUCCUCUUCUACCUCUUCGGGUAUCAAGACUGUCAAACAUUCUGUUGUUGAUUCCCCUGCUCUUUGUUCUGAAGCCCAUUGAUUACUAGCGCGCAUUGCAUCGGAUAAUAAGUCCCCAAGGAGGGGUGCGAGAUUGGCUGGGGAUUUUGAGAACAUAUAUUGAAUUUCUGCAUUAUUGUAUUGUUAGAAUUGUUUCAAUGCAUCUGGUAUUGCGGCACUUACCUCUUGUAUUCUGUGUUUGCUUCCCGGCGACCAGCUGUGCAUCAGAUACCUGCGUGUUCUGUGCCUCCGCUACACUACUCAGUGAUCGAGAUCCAGCUUCUGGCUCCCGCAAGUAGUUUUGCUGAUCUGGUAUGCAUGCGUUUGUACUCUGCACCAUCCUGCCAUGGUGUAAAUGCAAUUGUGAAUCGAGACUGUCAUUCGUGUGGCCAUCUGAUGCCUCGUCUUGCAGAGGCGAAUCAUCGCGGUGUCACUUCCUGUGGCACUUAUCACCCUCAACUUCAGUGUUGAACUCGAGCUUGAAGUACCCUAACUUCAUCAGUCUGUUUCUCAGAGAUUGGAUUCGGAGCCGCACAUUUCCUGAACUCAGAUAUGUUUUCUAAAUCAGAGCUAGCUGCUAUUGCCAUUUGAAUCUCCCGACGAAAUAUCCAUUUUUCAGGCAAAGGCCUUGCAUCCAGGUAUGGUUUUGUGUAGUUCAUCAAACAUUCGAAUUCGACGCGACCCAUUUUUGUGAUAU